CCGUCUCUCGGAAAGAGCCGAGUUCUUUGUCUUGAUUUUUCAGCGGCAGACGAUCUCUUCGAUACUCUCUCUCUCUCUCUCUCGCCUUCGAAAUCGACAUGAAUCUUUCUGGCUCUUCCCUUCUCCAAAAGUAUUCGAAAUUACCAUUCUUCCCUUGAUUUCUUCGGAGUCUCGGACUCUUCUUGUUGAAAAGAUAUUUCUCUAUAAAAGGGCGAGUUUCUCCUACCAUCAUAGCCAGAAUGGCUGCUGCUGCAUUUCACAACAUUGUUGGGACACUUCCAGCCCAUGGAAGUUGCAACGGUUCUGGUUCUCAGAAUUGGGUUGGGAAUUUUUCUUGGAGAGCCAUUUCAAAAGGAGUCUCUGUUGAGAUAGGGCCUUCGAGAAGGGUACGUCAUUGCGUUAGUGGGUGUAAAUUGGGCGUGAUUCGUGCUUCGACCUCACAAACUCCAGUGUUCAAUCCAGUUUCAUUACCAUCAAACAACAGCGGCAAUGAUUCUCGGAAGAAAUCCAAUGAAACUGCACUGAUUUUGAUGCGCCAUGGCGAGUCGUUGUGGAAUGAGAAGAAUCUCUUUACAGGUUGUGUGGAUGUACCAUUGACCAAGAAAGGUGUAGAAGAGGCAAUUGAGGCUGGCAACCGAAUAAGCAACAUACCUGUCGACAUGAUCUAUACAUCUGCAUUAAUCCGUGCACAGAUGACUGCAAUGCUUGCCAUGACCCAGCACCGCCGCAAGAAGGUGCCGGUCAUUAUGCAUAAUGAGAGCGAACAAGCGAAAGCAUGGAGUCAAAUUUUCAGUGAUGAGACCACGAGACAAACGAUCCCAGUUAUAGCAGCUUGGCAACUUAAUGAAAGAAUGUAUGGGGAAUUACAGGGUCUGAACAAGCAGGAAACAGCUGAUCGAUAUGGGAAGGAGCAAGUUCAUGAAUGGCGUCGUAGCUAUGAUAUCCCCCCACCAAAUGGAGAGAGCCUGGAAAUGUGUGCUGAAAGGGCCGUUGCUUAUUUCAAAGAGCAUAUUGAACCCCAACUACUUUCUGGGAAAAAUGUGAUGAUUGCAGCCCAUGGGAAUUCACUGAGGUCUAUUAUCAUGUAUCUUGACAAGUUAACUUCUCAAGAGGUUAUAAGCCUAGAGCUAUCAACCGGCAUUCCGAUGCUUUACAUAUUCAAAGAAGGGAAGUUCAUCAGGAGGGGGAGUCCAAUUGCACCCUCUGAAGCUGGUGUCUACGCCUAUACGAGGAGUUUGGCUCUCUACCGGCAAAAGUUGGAUGAAAUGUUACACUGAAACUUAUAAAAGCAUAGCCAUUUCAUCUAUGUUCAAGCUAGUGGAUGUCUGUUUUGGAGAAGUAUAUGCUUCAAUCGCUGUGUAGGUGAUGACUGGUGUCAUGUAGUAGGAAGUCAUGUAGCUGUGUGGAUAUAGUGGCAGAGUUCUUCAGUGAUAGAAUAAGAAGUUCUUUCAUUUUCUUUUCUUCCUAUGUGCUUAAAUGUAUUUGUUCCUCUGUUGAGCUCAAUCCUUUCCAAAAUCAUUCAAUCAUUCUUCCCAUUUUCA